AUUAGGGUUCUAGGAAGCGUCUUCUCCCGCAUCAUAUCGCAUCACUCCAGCCACCUCUGCAACAACCGGGAAAAGGGAGAAAGCUCCGCCUCCAACCCGCAAAAAUGGUGAAAGGUCGCGAAGGAGAGCGCGUCAGACUUUACGUCAGAGGAACCAUCCUAGGGUACAAGAGGUCCAAGGCAAACCAGUACCCCAAUACUUCUCUGAUCCAAAUUGAGGGAGUGAAUACAAAGGAAGAGGUAGCAUGGUAUGCUGGAAAGCGCUUGGCCUAUAUCUACAAGGCCAAGGUUAAGAAGGAUGGCUCGCACUAUCGUUGCAUCUGGGGCAAGGUCUCACGGUCUCAUGGAAACAGCGGUGUUGUUAGAGCAAAGUUCACGUCCAACCUCCCCCCCAAGUCCAUGGGAGACAGAGUAAGAGUCUUCAUGUACCCCAGCAAUAUCUAAGGUUUUGUAGAUGGGGAGCUUGUUUGUCUCGGAGGCAACUUCUGAUUACUUGGGUUCUUCGAUAAUUUGAGCUUUGAUUUCUCUUGUGCCUUCUCAUUUUGUCGGAGAGUUUUGUUUUGUUUAGUAUGGUGGAUGGACAUUGUACACCAUUUCGAUCCGUUCCAGUAUUAGUAAUCCCCCCACCCCGUUCUUGUUUGAAUGAUCGGAGUAAUCAAAUCCUUCUUUGAACUCUCUUUCGUUGCUUAUUGGUGUUAUUAUAGACCAUCUGCAGAAGUCCUUCGUUCGAAUUGUUUCCUAUGCUAGAACAGUCCUAUGUCCUUUAUUUUGCUCGUGUUGUUGCUCGAUACCGUGUGCAUAGCGACUGUUCAAGUUCACUUGGCAAACGUACCCACACGGUUGAGAACUUACAAAAAUGAGACUCGUUUGGUUAUGUAUUACUUGAGAGCAAAAACUUCGUGCUCUUGUUUCUACGUUCUAUUAUUUAAC